AUGUCCCUGUUGGACUAUUGGGACACGAAACGUCCGCCUGUAAAACGAAGAAAAGUUUCGGCAGAAGACCCGGGGAGGGGCAAAAGCCUGGGAACAGACGAUGAUGGUCUCCAGGAGAACGGUGGCCCCGAGAGUCCUGCUGUCCCGGCGUUGGAUACUCCAACCUUGGACACCCCAUCCUUGGACCAGCCCGAUCAACCUAUCCUCGGCGACGAGGAGCUCCCCUUUCCGCAGAGCCAGACGGAGUUGGAAUCGUCGCUUCCUGCGCUCCAGACCGAUAGCGAGGCCAUCGAGGAGUAUGAGCUGUCACAUGCCGUGACGACAAACCAGGCAGAGAAGCCAGACCUGCAGGAACGGAUGCAAAAUGGCAAGUGGCGAAAGGGGAAGAGUUCCAUCUACGUGGAUGCGUUCAAUCUGGCGCUGGAAACUGUGCUAGACGAGGAGGCGCAUCUAUUUGAUGAGCCCGAGAUGGAAGUCUUCAAUCAAUGGAGGUCGCUUCCAUACGAGUCUCAAUAUCUAUAUGUUCGACUUUUUUUGCGAAAGACCUCCGCGUGGCAUCGUAUCAACCGAUUGGGAUAUCACUCGGAUAUCUCGGACGUGUCUCGCGUCGUAGACGAUCUCCAACGCAGUCGAGGCCUCCCUCCGAGCUCUGAGUCUGCGGGCGAAAACCCGGCGGGCAUCGAGUGUCCCGACGAAAUGGGCCUCGGCAGGGAGUUCCGCUUUGCGGAUAAAACCGAAGAAAUCACAACCUUAGAAGAAGCAUCAUCGUUAUUACUACUUGAAGAAUUGAAAAACCUGGCUAAAGAGGCCAAAGUCCAAGGGAAGAGUAAAAAAGAACUCCUGGCGGCCUUGCGCCGCGCGAGUCAAAGACAAACGGGCCUGGACUGGAAUAGCGACAGGCAACCGGUCAACCGAGACGCACAUUUUGUACAGAAGAUUCUCGACUAUACAGGUGACUGCAUCAGACUUGCAUCGGGGCCCCGGGCCCUCUUUGAACGUGUUCAUCUUGUAUUCUAUAAAUCGACUGAGUGGACAGAGAAGUCCCUAUCGACGAUCAUUCUGGCGAAGAUAUCCCGCCGAAAUUUCCCAGAGUAUGUGGUCUGCCGGUCGAAUUCGAUCUUCCCAUCGCGGGAUUUCCUACUGGAGUUUGAGCUGGCUCUCCGGACUCAAUUUCAAAUCGAUAAUAUCCUCGAGUUCAGCGGGACGCCGUCGAAGGAAAUGCUGGAGCAAGUGAGAGACCUUGCUUACAAAGUACAUCCGCGGUGGAAAUUCCUGCUUGAACAUGAACGACGCAAAGAAGAAACUAUCUACGAAUGCGGCGAAGGUGCAUACCUCCGUCGUUUCUCCCCGGCAUGGGUCUAUACGCGCAUCAUUCACAAGGGACUGCAUCCGUUGGGCCGGUUCAAGGAGCACAAGGAAGAACACCGAGUGCUCUCUGAGCUCCUUGACCAGCGUCUCUUCCACGCCGCCCGUCGCGGGGCAUGGUAUCAGCGAAAAGCGCUGCUGGAGGAGCACUACAUGUGGGCAUUGGACCCCAAUGAAGGACGCAGCGAGGACUUGCAGAAAAAGCACUGGAGGCACCAUGCCCUCCGCACCUGCGAAGCAGGCCUCGAGGACCCCGACUGCCACCUGAUCUAUCACUACGAUCUCCAGAAACGGAUCACCAAGCUCGAAAAGGCUCUGCGGGUCGUGAAACGCGAACAGCACGAGUUCCACCACGUGCAGCUCGUCAAGCCCGAGGAACGAACCAUCGAGGGCGUUCGCAUCGAACCCGAAGACUCGCCCCCUCGAAACAACGGCACCCCUUCUCACGAUGAUAUGUCCUCCAAACGAGGCCGUCCGACCAUCUGGCUCGACGAGUGCGACGGCGGAGAAUGUCGUGUCGAAAGCAUGUGUCUGAACUGGUACCGCUCUCAAGGCUGGAAAGGCUACCACUCGGAAGGCGGCAUCCUCAAAACCCUCUUCGGCUACCUCUUCUACGACAUCCUCUUCACCUACGUCCCCAACGUCUUCCAAACCCCAUUCCAGACCUGCCCGCUCGACCUCCACACCGAUACUUUCUACGCGUCGCGCGCAUCGGAAAUCAACCACCGACUCGUCGAAAUCACCAACGGCGACUCCGCAUCCAUCCUGCGGGCCGUGCACGCGCAGGAAUCCCCCAAACAGACCUGCGCCGUCGGCCUCGACUGGUCCUUCGAGUUAGAGGAUUUGGUGGAGAUCGUGCAGUGUUUUCGCGGCGAGGCGCUGGCCACGAUUUGCAAGGUUCUGGCGCAGGAGUAUCAGCAGCGCGGGGGUGGGAUUCCGGAUCUGUUUCUCUGGCGGUGGGAGACGAGGGAGGUUCUGUUUGUGGAGGUCAAGUCGGAGAAUGAUCGGUUGAGUGAUACGCAGCGGUUGUGGAUUCAUGUGUUGGUUGGGGCUGGGGUGAGGGUGGAACUUUGUAAUGCUGUUGCGAGGGAGGUGAGGUCUUCUGCUGAUUGA